AUGUCUACCAGCCUAAUUAAUCUACAGAGCAACUUAGAUAGUACUGAAAGCAGUUCUCUAGAACAGCAUAAUGACAUACCUAUUACGACUCAACCUCGCCCCGAAGUUUCCGACUCAGAUGCGGAAGAAGUAGAACAAGAAGGUGAGAAAAGAAAAAAGCGAAGAGAAGAUUUAGAAGACUGUUGUUGCGAUCCGUACUAUGAUCCAGAUGAGUGGGAAUUUUAUAUGUUUUGUAGAUGUUUUGGUUGGUGUUGUGUACAGUUGGGUAAAUGUAUGGAAAAUAUGUUAGAGGGGUGUGGAGAUUGUAUAACAUCAUGUUGUGAUGGUGAAAGCUCUGAAGAUACGGGUGGUUGUGAAGAUGUUGAAUGCUGUGAUUGCAAUUGUUUUGAUUAG